AUGCUCAUUUUUAUCCUGCUGAGUUUCUCGAUGUCGAUCAAUUUCAUACAAACGAUUGACGUGGACCCGUCUAAAUACAAGAGCUGCGUCUGUUCAAGCGGGUCCAUCGACGUAAGUUGCGCGGAGAAUCGGCUCGGACUCGAUUCGUUUGCGAUUUCAGGGGGAUCAGGACACAUCGAAAGGAUAAGGAUCGAGCCCUGCGAUAAGUGGCCCUGUGAAUUGAGUCUAGGCUCCAAAGUUCGAGUUCACUUCAUGGGCUCCUUCAGCAGAGACAGCAACAGUGUGAAGGUGAGACCUUCUGCAAUAAUCGACAGGCUCAACAUUUCUCUGCCUGGAGUCGACGCGGAGAUGUGCGGAAAGCAUGUGCAAUGUCCAAUCAAAGCAAACGAAAUGAGAGACGCCGAAGUCGAAAUUCCCGUUUUCAAGAUUUAUCCGCUCGGACCCGUGGAGGUCGCGUUCUUGGUGCACUGCGAAUCUGAACUCCAAUUCUGCGUGCGAACUUCAGUGAUCAUCAAAGACUGA